AUGCCUUCAUCAACACGGUGGCUUGGCGCCAUCGUGGCGCUGCUUGUUGCCGCAACAAUCGCCAUCGCAGGCACCCUCCCUGCCAUCCCCGCCUUCGAUCCCGUCGUCCCAUCUCUGACGGACGGCAACUUCACCACUGCCAUCAGGGACGACAUGUGGCUCGUCGAGUUCUACUCUCCUUACUGCGGUCACUGCAAGCGUUUCGCACCCGUGCUCCACGACCUCGCCGAGUCCAACUUUCACCUUCGAGACUCGUCCAAGUUCAACAUCGCGCGCGUCAAUUGUGUUGCUCAGGGCGACCUGUGUACGCGCGAGAACAUCGCCGCCUAUCCUGCCCUCCACCUCUAUCGUGGUGGCAAGUACCUCGAGGCUUACGAUGGCGAUCGCUCGUACGACGUGCUCGACGCUUAUAUCCAGGCACGAGCCGCAGAUCAUCGCAAGCUCCUGUCGCUCUCCUUUUCAGCGCACCACGCAAGGAAUCAUUGA